AUGUUAACAAAACUAGAACCUUGUUAUUUAAUGGUUGUUCUUAAAUACCUUGAUUCAGUUGAUACAUUAUGUAGAUUUAAUCUUGUAUCUCAUAAUUGUCAAACCGCUAUUAGUGCUACAAGAAUUAAUCCAUGUUGUGGGAUUAAUUCAAUUGGACUUGCUAUUACUUUAGGGAUAGGAAGGAUGCAACGAAUUGAAUCAAAAGUAUUUGACCAAUUAGAUACAUAUCAAGUUCAUUUUCGAGAAUUAGAAAAAAUGAAUGAAGCAGAUUUAGAGAAGUAUAAGAUGUUUAACAUUUAUAAAUUUAUGAUGAAAGAUAAUCUUGAAGACUGUAAGGUAGCGUUAAGUAUUAGAGAUCGAAUAUCUACUAUUGGGAUUGACACAAAUUAUUCUGUAGUAUUUAAGUUAGAAACAAUGCCCAUGCUUAGAGAACUUAAUGUUCGUAUUGGAGAUAAUCCAAAAUAUCUAGUAUUAGAAGAUGUUUUUGCUGCAAUUAAAAAUAACAAAUCCUUGCAAAAAUUAACAAUUAGUUUUAAAUCAAAUAUAACACAAAGAAUAAUAAAUGAAGUUCUUCCGCAACAAAACCGUAUUAAUAUUUCAUUUAUUAUUAGUUGGCUAGAUGAUAAUGAUGUCACUGAAGUAGUUGAAUUAAUUAAUAAAAGUUAUAACCCUAUAGGAAUUAGUGAUAUUAAUCUUAAUGCUUUUCAUAGCUUCUUUAUGAAUAAAAAUAAAGUUGUAUUAAUUCCUCUUGUCAAAAAAUAUUUUAGAGUAUCAAAGACAAUGAAAUUAGAUCCCCGUUAUAAUGAAUUAAAGAACUUUUAUCUUCCAGUUAGAGAAGAAGAAAUUUAA